UUUCUCCCUGCAGGGAAGACUCCACCGCAGGUCUUUCGACGCGACAUCGCGAAUCAGAUCAGGCGGAGGAGGCGUCGAUCGGAAGAAGGAAAAGCUCCUCCGUUUCUCUCACGAUUCCUCUUCCACGCUUCCCCUUUCUUGUCUUCUCGCGAUCGUAUUCACGUGUCCUCCCUUCUCUGUUUCGUCCCGAUUCCUCCAUGGAGCAGCUCGUCAAUUUCAUCAUAAGGCCCCCCAGGGCUGAUUACAAUCCGCAAGAUGAUUUGUUAGACCAGGAGUUUAUGCUGAGAGGGCGAUGGUUUCAAAGGAAGGACCUGGAGGUCGUAAAUUGUCGUGGAAAGAAACUUCAGUGCAGCCACUACUUGCCCCUUGUAAUUCCAGAAGGAGCAGCCUUACCUUGUGUGAUAUAUUGUCAUGGAAACAGUGGUUGCCGAGCUGAUGCUAGUGAAGCUGCUAUUGUUUUGCUUCCAUCAAACAUCUCUGUGUUUACACUCGACUUUUCAGGGUCUGGACUCUCUGAAGGCGAACAUGUCACACUAGGAUGGAACGAAAAAGAUGAUCUCAAGGCUGUGGUGGAUUAUUUGAGGACCGAUGGAAAUGUUUCUUGUAUUGGUUUAUGGGGACGCUCAAUGGGUGCAGUUUCCAGCUUGAUGUAUGGAGCUGAAGACCCAUCCAUUGCAGGAAUGGUUCUUGAUAGCCCUUUUUCCAAUUUGGUGGAUCUGAUGAUGGAACUUGUCGAUACAUACAAGUAUCCAGUACCCAAAUUCACUGUAAAACUGGCAAUUCAGCAUAUGCGCAAGGUUAUCAAGAAGAAAGCAAACUUUGAUAUCUUGGAUCUAGAUACAAUUCCUGUGGCAAGACGGUGUUUUGUCCCAGUCUUGCUUGGACAUGCCAUUGAUGAUGAUUUUAUACAUCCUCACCAUUCAGAUCACAUUUUUGAUGCCUACAAUGGAGACAAAAAUAUCAUCAAAUUUGAUGGAGAUCACAAUUCACCACGUCCUCAAUUUUACUUUGAUUCUAUAACUAUUUUCUUCCACAAUGUUCUAGCCCCUCCAAGUUCCAUCUCUGAUGAGCGUUACUUUCACAGAAUGCAUGAUUUUGUUGGUCCAGCUAAUUUGGAUAGAAUUCAUGAACAUCAGAAUCAAAAUGCAGCUGAACCAGCUCAAGAACUUGCACCUAGCAGUACAGAAGAUGCUAUUGCUCAAUUGCGUUCCAGAAGACCUAUGAGUCGGACGGAGGUACCCCGUGAUAUUUCCUCUCAACAGAAUGACAAUGAAGACCAGGAACAUGGACUCACAAGCAAUGUUGGUCCAUCUUCUACCUUACCACACGAUAACAUGCCCAAUGGUGACUCAUAUGGUUGGCUUACCCCAACUUCACAAGGAAAUGAAUAUCUCGAGUAUUCAUUUGAUAGCUUUUCCGAUAUGCCUUGCAGCAUUGAAGAUGAAGAAAGGAUGAUCAUGGAGGCAAUGAUAGAAUCACUCAAGGACAUGGAGAUGAGGCACCAACAAGAUGAUCACUUCAGUGUUGAUACUGGGACAUCAAAAUCAGCAUGUGACACCGAAUCCUCCACAGUUGAGCUUAAUGGGGCAGAUGACAGCACUGAAAAAUCCAUCUCAUCAAGCACCAGUUGCUCAACCAUGAAUCCUCAACCAAAUCAAGAGUCUCAAGAAAUUGAAGCAUCUUUAAAAAAGUCGGUCAGUCCAGAAUUUAGUGCUGACAGUAGUGAAGUUAGCCAAACCAACUCAGUGCAGGAUCCUAAUGCAGAUGGUACACGAGCCACACUGGUUGUUCAGAAGAGCUCGACAAGCCACAUCAUGGAGGGAUUAACACGGAGAUGGGGUCUUAACUUCUUUAAGGGAAACCAAUAAGACUUGAAGGUGAUGCCCGACAGAUAUCUCUGAUAUAUGGUGGUUGCUAUGUUGUAACAAAGUAAAUAUGCACUUUAGCAGAAGUGCUCUGUUUUCAUCUCUUCACACAUUGGUUCAUUUGUUGUAGAGAUAAAAGGAAAGUAAACAUAAACUAUUUGGAGAAAUGGUACUCGAUGGUUGUGUUUUGUGAAUAUGCACGCCCACAGGGCUGGCAGUCAGUUGUGUUGGCAGAAUACACAUUUUUCUAGUGAUUGUAAAAUAGAUUUACACCUUUUGCUCCA